CGGAAAUACAGGUUCACCCAGCAAGUCGUCGCAAACAUGGCUCUGGGGCGGCUGCGGCCUCUUUUCAAUCGAUUUCGUGCGCGUGGCCCAUUCGUGAAGCAGACAUCAUUUAUCCUUUUCAAUUUUAUAACAUGGAUACCGGCUGUUAUAUGGUUCAACUCGAACGUCGGCGACAUCGUCUGGAUCCAGGGCGGUUCAAUGUACCCGUAUCUAAACACCGAUAUUAAUCGAACCACGAAGAAAGAUGCUUGCUGGAAUAGCAAAUGGGAGCCCUUGGAAGGUUUGAGGAGAGGAAUGAUUGUAUCAUUCUGGAGCCCAGCCCACCCCGAAGUCGAAGCCGUGAAACGCGUGAUUGGCCUUGAAGGCGAUGUUGUUUUCACUCGAAAGCCGUUUCCAAACCCUCAUGCUACGGUUCCAACAGGCCAUAUAUGGGUUGAAGGCGAUGGUGGCCAUAACGGAAAAGAAAGCCUGGAUAGCAAUACUUAUGGGCCAAUCCCUAUGAAUCUGGUUACGGGACGGGUUACAUAUGCGCUUUGGCCGUGGAGAACCUUUGGUCCUAUCAAUUGGUGGGAAUGGAAGCCAAAAACUAGGGUCAUCAAGGCGAAGCGAUGAAUACGACGAGGCUGGAAGGGAUAUACACGGGUUUCUAUACUGAAGGGCGGCGUCAAGCAAGGCGUAUGCCACUGAUCUACUAUCACCACCUCGGAUAGUAAGGUACCAGGGUCCUCGGAGCUGUGCAUUUAAUACUGUUGGCUAUGUCCGAGGAGCACCGAGCGAACCCGAGCGACCUAUUACGGAGAAAGACCAGCCAUUACGGCUUGGGCCUUGCAUUGCGAUGUGGUAGAGGACAUGCCAACCCAUAGCAUCGGUCACAGAGCUUUUUGAGGGUGCAGAGACAGGUUGAGGUUGAUGGAACAGUGUCGUUGUAGGAUAGCAUCUUCUAGAAGGGCGGCAUUAUAUUAAACACCGGCCCUGCCGGGUAUGGUAUGACUGUACUAUAGCGUGUCGUAAAAUGUAUUUAUGUUGACAAG